CGCACUUUCCACGCCUCCGCACCCUCACGACCGACACGACCCUCUGCUCUCGCAUCCCCACCGCUCCUGACAUCCGCGCACCCGGCGCGCGCGCCCCGCAUCGGCUGGCCCGAACCACCUCCUGACGCACCGGCAGCAUGCCCAAGCGCCGCGUCUGCCCGUUCAAUUUCCAGCCGCUCGAGGUCAUCCGCCGCGAUGAGUAUGGCCCGCCGCGCUACUGGGCGCGCGCAGUAGAGCGCACGCUCAAGCCUGACGGCGUCGUGCCCGGCGGCGCCGCGGCGCUGGCAGCGGCAAGCGUGCCGCAGACAUUCGCCGUCGGUGAUGUCAUCUACCUGGGCGUCAGCUCGGGCAAGCCCGACGUCGCGGUCAUCACCCACAUCAUCGCCUGGGAGGACGACGAUCGCCUGGACUCGAACAUUCGCGGCUCGGUGCAUGUCACCGUGCGCCCGUUCGUGCGUCCGGAGCGCCUGGCACAGGCCACUGCGAAGGGCAUGACCGGACUCGUGCGCGAUAACGAGGUCUUCUACGCCCAGCGCGCUCCAGCGAGCGCACAAGCGCCAGCGCAGCCACGCCGGGCUGAGACGUCUGCCGCCGGAGCGGCCAGCGACACGGACGACGAGGAGGAAGAGGGCGGUGCAUUCACGGUGCCUGCUUCCGACAUGCUCCAGCGCGUCACGCUGCACGCGACGGAAGAGACGUAUCUCGCCGCGGCCAUUGCGUGCGGCCAGGCGACGGGCCCACGCACUGGGCCUGGCCGGCCAAAGACGAAGGGCGUGGGCCCGCCUGCGCACAUCUUCUCAGAGCUGGCUGUCGAUGCGCAGAAGGGCGUCUUCUGGGCUAUGGACUGGAACGCCGUUCAGCAGCGCGGCGCAAAGGAGGACAAGUGGGAGCUGCUGGAGGAGGAUGGCGCGCCGCUCAAGGACCCCGGCAUGCGCCCGCCGCAGCUGCGCGAGGCGGUCAAGGAGAAGCGCGGCCUCGUCGACCCGGCGGCCAAGCCGAAGCCCGCCAAGGCCACGCCGAAGCCGAAAGCGGCGAAGAAGACGCAGGCCAAGACGCCCAAGAGCGCGGCCAAGAAGACUCCAGCUGCGUCCAAGGAGACAGGCACGCCGAAGCGCAAGCCCGUGGUGCUCGCGCCCGGCACUCCAAUCCAUGCUCCAGAGUCUCUGGCGGACAUGCUGCGCGAGGCAGAGGUCGAGGAGGAUCCCUUCUGGCGAUCGCCAUCUGCUCCACGCGCGUCUCACGCCUCGACGUCUGCCGCUGCGCUCGAGCCCAUCACGCCUCGGCGGCGCAUGCCCAAGCUCAAAGCUGCACCGGCUGCAGCGGCAGAUGCCGACGCCGAGAUGCACUCGGCUUCUGGAGGCUCAGACGACGAUGAGGAGGGCUCCGUGUGGUCGGGAGGAGACGAGGCGGUCUCCGAGGACGAGGACGCCGAUACAGCUGCCACGUCCGAGGAGGAUGACGAGGACUCGAGCGAUGAAGAGUUCGUCGGUGACAUCCUCACGCGCAACCGCAAGCGCCGCGGCGGCAAGCGUGGCGGCGUGCCGCGCACACCCACAGCAAAGCGCUUCGCGAGCGCGAGCGCUGCUGGCACGCCGCGGAGCCGAGGCAUCGCGACGCCUAACCGGAGAAGCAUCCUUGACUCGCAGGCCCGCGCUGCGCCGUACCCUACGCUGCCCGCUCGCGCGCCGCAAGUCGCGAAUGUCGCAAGCGAGGAACUCUCGACUCUCACGCCGCACGCGCGGGCCCGUCGCCUGCUGCACGUCGGCGCCACGCCAUCGCAGCUGCCAUGCCGCGGCGACGAGUUCGAGGAGAUCCUCUCGCACGUCGAGGAUGCCGUCCAGGAUGGCGUCGGCGGCUGCGUGUACGUCGCCGGCGUGCCGGGCACGGGCAAGACGGCCACAGUGCGCGAGGUCGUGCGCGCGCUGACGCUGCGCGCCGACGCUGGCCUCGUGAGCCCCUUCAACUUCGUCGAGAUCAACGGCAUGAAGCUGCCCGACGCGUCGCAGGCGUACUCGCUGCUCUGGGCCGCGGUCGGCGGAGGAUCCGAGCGUGCAGCCGCCCCGAAGACGGCACUCAAGCGCCUCGCGGACCACUUUGCUGCGGGCGGCGCCGGCCGCGCCACGACCGUCGUGCUGAUGGACGAGCUUGACCAGCUGGUCACGGCGCGCCAAGACGUCGUCUACAACUUCUUCAACUGGCCCAGCAUGCGCGGCAGCCGUCUGAUCGUGCUCGCCGUGGCCAACACGAUGGACCUGCCGGAGCGCACGCUCAACGCGAAGGUCGCCAGUCGCCUCGGCAUGACGCGCAUUCCCUUCGAGCCGUACCGCAGCCAGCAGCUGGCCGAGAUUGUGCAGACGCGCCUCGGCAUGCUUCCGCCUGGCACGGCGGCGAGCGAGGAGCAGGUCGCGCGCGCCAAGGCCAUCGGCUGUGACCAGGUGAUGCACCGCGCGGCAAUCGAGUAUGCCUCCAAGCGCAUCGCCAACGUCUCGGGCGACGCUCGCCGCAUGCUCGACGUGUGCCGUCGCGGAGUGGAGCUCGUCGAGGCGCGCGCUUUGACUGCCGCUCCUGCGACCGCUGCCGAUGGCUCAGCCGCGGCUGCACCAGCCGCAGCGGCGGUGCAGCCCGCCGACAUGAUCGAGAUUCUCUCCGCUCUAGUCAAGUCUGGCAAGGUCGCACACGUGCGCGCGCUGCCGCUGCACGCCAAGAUGCUCCUCAUCUCGCUGCUCAGCGUGCUGCGCCGCUCCGGCCUGGCCGAGGCUUCCGUGGGCGACGUCUUCGCGCACCACCGCGUGCUGUGCACCAUGCACGGCGUCUCGCGCGGCGCUGGCCUGCCCGGCACUGCCUCGCACCGCGAUCCCUGGAACGCCGACGAGCUGGCCGCGCCGCUCAGCAGUCUCUGCGCCAUGGGCCUCGCCAUCGCCGUCGGCACCGGUGCAGGGCCGGGCCGCGCGGCUGUGCACGGCCGCCUCAUGCUCGCUUGUCAGGAGGACGAGGUGCGCCUCGCUCUCGAGGCGGACCAGGACGAGCGACUGCGCAAGAUGCUCUAGUUCUCACAGCGCCGUUACUCUGCGCUUUCUCUCUCUCCAUUGAUGUACUUCAUGCAUUCGCCUGCCUGGCUGCUGCGCCGGGCACGCAGCCGGGCCGCGCUCUAUUCAAUGUCACCCUCCCUUCACGCGACCG